CUUAUAUUACAUACAUACACACAUACCAAUUAAGCGCUCUUAUUUUAAUCAUUUUGCCUAUUACUUAUAUUCGUUUCUAAUUUACUGUAACAUCUUGUACAUACAUUUUUGCUAUAUAAGGUCCUACUCAACUUAUGUAUAUUACCAUUAGAAAAAAUACACUAGCGAAAUAAAGUGAAUUCGAAGUCAAGACAAAUCAGUCUUCCGACUCUUAACAUUGGUGACCCCGACGUGAUCAUACAUUUGAUACGUCGUACAAACAAAACAAAAACAAAAAACAAAAAACUAAUAAGCAAACGUUGUUGCUCAUCUUAAGUACCGUGUGCUUAAGUACAUUCACCUGCAUAACCGUUGCAUACACGGUCAGCUACCUUGGCCUACCGGACUUGCAUUUACUUUUGCAGCUGUAAACUCACGCCAUCCUACCGCUAACUUAGUACUGUAUACCGCAUACAGUUGGGAAUUUUUGUAAUCGCUAUCAAAGGCACUGUGAAAAUGUCAAGGAAUGAAGACUCUCUAUCCGCACGACCAGGAUGGUUCCUGAAAAGGAAAAGUGAAGCUAUUUUUAGGCAAAUGGAAUCCAUGCAUCGUCUCGCAACAACCGAAGCCCUACGCUCACUGGAUCAUGUAGAUCUCACGUUGAAAUUGGAACUAGUAGACAACAUACGGAGUAAUUUUGAGCUCACACAAAACCGCCUGGAAGAAGAAGAUCCUGACGAAUUAGACACUGAUGCUCGACAGCAGUUCUUGAACAUAUUUAUUUCAGUCAAAGGCGCCAUCACUCGCGAGCUGCAGUCCAACCGCUUAGAUAGCCAUUUACAUUCAACCACACGCAAUUUUUCGCCUCAGGACUCGCAAUCUGUGGUUGUUCUUAAGCAACCAAAAUCUUGUUUACCGGAACUGAAGUUGCCAACGUUUAGAGGCAACUACUCAGAUUGGCCACAAUUUUUCUCCAUGUUUCGCACCAUAAUUGACCGAGAAGCUGAAUUAACUAAAGUGGAAAAACUCCAACAUCUCCGCUCUUGCCUUGCAGAUGCCGCGUUGGACACCAUAAAGUCCUUAGAAAUUCGCGAAUCUAACUAUGAUAAAGCACAUAUCCGUGAGUUAUUUGGACUAGAAAGUGUCGAAGGAAAGGUGGCAACAAAUCUCCGGCGGUUAACGGAUAAAUUUUUGUCACAUAUUCGUGCAUUACAGACUUUAGGCAGCAUAGAACAAUUGGCCGACAGCUUGCUGAUACACAUCGUUAUGCAGAAACUUGACUCCACUACUCAAAACAUGUGGGAGGAAAAAGUGUCAUCCAAUGAGCUACCCACUUGGGAAGGCAUGGCGUUGUUCCUAGAAAAAAGGUGUCAAACUCUGGAGAAUGUUGCGUUUGCUACGCUCGGUAAGACUCCGACCAAACAGGUGAGCAAAUAUGUGAAUCGCAACAAGUCUUUUGUGGUCUCGAAGCCUGCGCAAAGGUCAUGUGUGUUUUGCAAGCACCUUGAUCACCUCAUUUAUACUUGCCCGUCAUUUGCGAAACUCUCCCCAAGCGAGCGCUGGAAAGAGGCAAAAAUUGCUGAACUUUGCCUGAACUGUCUUAAGCUUGGACAUCGAUUACAACAAUGCAAAUCCACUCACUGUUUUCGUUGUAAAGGUGCUCAUCACACCCUUUUACAUAAGGAUAUUCCAGAGCAACCCAUCCAAAAUGCCUCAUCGGCAGAAAAGUUUCCUCAACCAGGAUCAGCAGCAUCUUUGGUUUCCAUGGCGCCUCCAUGCAUAUCAAACGAGCACUUAAGCAUUAAACCAAACGAAUCCGUACUACUAGCUACCGCAACGGUGUUUGUAAAAAACAGUGUUGGAUGUUUUAUCCCCUGUCGUGCUAUUUUAGACUCAGCUUCGCAACUAAAUUUCGUUACGAGCAGGUUAUCCAACCAACUACAGUUGAAGAAAUCGAAGUUCCCAGUAGCAGUUUCGGGAAUUGGAGACUCAGAUACAACAGUUGAGUACACAAUCAAUAUUAUUUUUAAAUCUAUUCACAGCGAUUACACAAACACUAUUACGGCGUCAAUAAUUCCCACCAUUACUGAGCAGCAACCAACCACCACUUUCAGCAUAUCGCAAUGGGUCAUACCUAAGAACAUAAAAUUGGUCGAUCCAUUAUUUAAUACUUCUCGUAGGAUUGACCUCUUAAUUGGAGCCGGCAUAUUUUUUGACUUGUUGUGUGUCGGCCAAAUACGUCUUAAGGAACCAACACACAUUUUGCAAAAGACACGUCUCGGCUGGAUCGUCUCUGGCGGUAAACAACGCUCCAACAUCAGCUCUUCGUGCGCGGUGUCAUCCAAACUCGUCGAAAGCAACGAACCACAUGGAUCACUUGAUCAAAUGGUCCGCAGUUUUUGGGAAACAGAAAAUUGUAUCGAAGGAACCACGAAGGUAACAAAAGAAUAACUAGAUUGUGAAAUACAUUUCCAAACAAACCAUUGCCGUUUGGGUACUGGCGAGUACUCAGUCCGCCUUCCUGUCAAACUGAGUCCAAAUAUGCUUGGUGACUCAUAUCAAUAUGCCUUACGCCGAUUAAUCUCUCUAGAACGACGUUUGCAGCGAAACGACAACGUAAGGUUACAGUAUUCAGCGUUCAUGCGAGAAUAUCUCGAUUUAAAGCACAUGACUCUUGUGGAUGCUCUCCCCAAUGUACCAACAUAUUAUCUUCCUCAUCACUGCGUUUUUAAAGAAGAUAGCACAACAACGAAAUUACGGGUAGUAUUCGAUGGUUCAGCUUCUACAACAAGUAACUACUCUCUGAAUGAAAUUCUUAUGACAGGUCCAACAAUUCAACCAAAACUUGCAGAAACUUUAAUACGUUUUAGGUCAAGGCCCAUCGCAUUAACAGGUGACAUAUGCAAAAUGUACCGCUGCGUACGCAUCACCUCACCAGAUGACUAUAUUCAGUGCAUACUUUGGAGGGAAAACCCGAUGGAAGAUGUUAAGACCUACAAAUUAGAGACUGUCACUUAUGGAACACGACCAGCAUCAUUCUUAGCUAUUAGAGCUAUGCACCAGCUGGCUAACGAUGAAGCCGCAUCGUACCCCCUUGGUGCUCAGAUAGUACUGCGGGAUUUUUAUGUUGAUGACAUGAUCACUGGAUCCGAUACUGCCGAGGAGGCAAUUGAAAUAAUGGGGCAAACUUCGCAACUACUUGCAAAGGGUAACUUCAAAAUACGAAAGUGGUGCUCCAAUGAUCAAGCUGUAAUAGCGCAGAUUCCUCUAGCUGAUAGGGAAAAACUUCUAAGGUUUGACGACGGCAGCAACAUAACAAAGGCACUAGGGUUGCAAUGGAACACAGAUCAUGAUUUAUUUUUCUUUGCAUUUACCCCAUUUCAGAAACCAACAAAAAUAACGAAACGCUCUGCACUUUCCAUCAUUGCCCGUUUGUAUGAUCCGCUCGGCUUAGUCGGCCCAUUUGUGUUAAAGGCAAAAAUAUUUCUUCAGCGUCUAUGGAUGGAAAAACUAGACUGGGACGAAAGUUUACCGAUGUCUCAUAAAACAAGUUGGGAGAACCUAUGCAGCCAAUUCAACGAUGUCAAACAUUUGGCAUUUCCCCGCUUCAUCGCUAAAAGGAAUGCAUCGUUGGAACUUCAUGCCUUUUGUGACGCCAGUUUGUCUGCAUAUGGUACGUGUGUUUACAUACGUGCUAGCAAUGGUAAGAGCGUAUGUAUAAAUCUGCUUUGCUCAAAGUCGCGAGUUGCUCCGAUUAAAUCUCUCACUGUGCCGAAGCUCGAGCUGUGUGCUGCCUAUUUGCUUGCUCAGUUAGUGCACUCCAUCGCUCAACUUAAUAUCGUCAGCUGAAUGUUUUAUUGUUGGUCAGACUCC